AUGGAGAAGAGUAAUGGCCUACGAGUGAUCAUGUUUCCCCUUCCACUUCAAGGCUGCCUUAACCCCAUGAUUCAGCUCGCCAAGAUCCUCCACUCAAGAGGUUUCUCCAUCACUGUGAUCCACACGCGCUUCAACGCUCCAAAAGCUUCAAGCCACCCUCUCUUCACCUUCUUGGAGAUCCCUGAUGGUUUGUCCGAAGCAGAGGAAAAAAAUCCUGAUGUCAAUCUGACGAUCACUCUUCUCAACCAAAGAUGUGUGUCUCCCUUUCGCGACACUUUGACUAAACUGUUGCAGCCUGCAGAUUCGGAAACAGAGGGAGCGAAAGAGAGGAUUACCUGUCUCAUUGAUGAUACUCAAUGGAUCUUCACACAAUCCCUAGCCAAGAGUUUGAAUCUUCCGAGAUUAGUCGUUAGCGCGAGUAAUGUCUCCUUCUUCCUGGGCCAUUUCUCUAUUCCUCAGCUCCGUCCUCUAACUUAUCUUCCGUUGCAAGAUUCAGAAAAAGACGAUCCAGUUGAGGAGUUUCCGCCGCUACGAAAGAAAGAUAUCUACCGGCUUCUUGAUGGAGAAAGUGAGACACUAGAUGCGCUCCUGAAUCUGAUUUACAAAACGACAAAGGCGUCUUCAGGUCUUAUCUUCGUGUCGUGCUCUGAAGAGUUGGACCAUGACGCACUGAUUCAAGCACGUCAAGAUUUCCAAGUCCCGAUCUUUGCGAUAGGACCUUCUCAUAACCGCUUCACAGCUUCGUCUACUAGCUUACUUGCACCAGACGAGACUUGCAUUCCAUGGUUAGACAAACAAGAAGACAAAUCAGUGAUUUACGUGAGUUUCGGGAGCGUUGCAACCAUCAAGGAAUCAGAGCUAUUGGAGGUUGCUUGGGGUCUAAGAAACAGCGAACAACCAUUCUUGUGGGUCGUGCGGGUUGGUGCAGUCGUUGGCGCAGAAUGGAUCGAGGCAAUCCCGGAAGAACUCAUGGAGAGGCUUAAGGAGAAGGGAAAGGUUGUGAAAUGGGCCCCGCAACAAGACGUUCUUAAGCAUCGAGCCAUCGGAGGAUACUUGUCACACAAUGGUUGGAACUCAACGGCUGAGAGUAUUAGUGAAGGCGUCCCUAUGAUCUGCUUGCCUUUCGUGUGGGACCAGAUGCUAAAUGCAAGAUUCGUCUGUGAGAAAUGGAUGGUCGGGUUGCAUCUAGAGAAUCGGAUUGAGAGAAAUGAGAUCGAUAGAGCGAUUAGGUGUUUGCUGCUGGAAGCUGAAGGAGAAGCAAUCCGAGAGAGGAUGAAACUUCUCAAGGAGAAAGUAGGAGCAUCGCUUGAAGAAAACGGUUCGGCAUAUCGUUCUUUGGAAGAUUUGGUUGAUCAAAUCAAAUCUUUCUAG